GGUCAACUUUGCGGAAGUCUGCAGUCUCUGGUCAUCUCCUGUAGUAUGUCCGCAGUCUCUGGUCAUCUCCUGUACUGUGUCCGCAGUCUCUGGUCAUCUCCUGUACUGUGUCUGUAGUCUCUGGUCAUAUCCUGUACAAUGAUCGCAGUCUCUGGUCAUCUCCUGUAUUAUGUUCGCAGUCUCUGGUCAUCUCCUGUACUGUGUCCGCAGUCUCUGGUCAUCUACUGUACUGUGUCUGUAGUCUCUGGUCAUAUCCUGUACAAUGAUCGCAGUCUCUGGUCAUCUCCUGUACUAUGUCCGCAGUCUCUGGUCAUCUCCUGUAGUAUGUCCACAGUCUCUGGUCAUCUCCUGUAGUAUGUCCACAGUCUCUGGUCAUAUCCUGUACUAUGAUCGCGGUCUCUGGUGAUCUCCUGUAUUAUAUCCGCAGUCUCUGGUCAUCUCCUGUACUAUGAUCGCAGUCUCUGGUCAUCUCCUGUUGUCAGCAAUCUA